CCUACACCGGAUAGUAUGGUGUCAGUAGGAGAAAAUGGCUGCGUCUUCGGGAAAGUCUACUCUUUAUCCUCACGUAGUAACUAGAGAAAAUGGGACUAAAACUGUUAAUGGUGAAAAUGACAACGAAGCUAGGGUUGAUCUUUUGAGGGGUGUUCUAGUUGAUCAUCAGCAUCAUGAUCCCAUAAUUACUCUUGGGAAAGGUCGGCAUUUUGGAGGAAGUGAUGGUGAAAGAGGAGAGGGUGAGGGCAAAACUAAAGGCGAAAAUCCUGUUGGGGUGGCCUGGUAUCGCCAAGAUUUUGCUGAGUCGGCUCUAGAAGAAGAUAGUGCCCAAGAACAACUGGUUCAAGAUGUUUCAAGUACAGCUGUCCUCACACCUCUUGAUGAAGAUGAGUUACAGCCUCCCGCUCCCGAUGACCGUGGGAACUGGUCAGGUCGUUUUGAUUUCCUCAUGUCACUCCUCGGCUACUCUGUUGGACUGGGGAACGUUUGGAGAUUUCCUUACUUAGCUUAUAAAAAUGGUGGAGGAGCUUUUCUCUUUCCUUUUAUUCUCAUGUUUGUUCUACUUGGAUUUCCGCUCAUGUUCUUGGAGUUGAGCUUUGGUCAAUAUGCUGCCCUUGGUCCUGCUGCAAUAUUUGACAGAAUCUGCCCAUUACUGAAUGGUAUUGGGCAUGCAAUGGUAGCAGUUUCUUGUAUGGUUGCAUUCUACUACACUGUGAUUAUUGGAUGGGCAUUUUUAUACAUGUUCAAAUCAUUCACUUCUGAACUACCAUGGCAGAGAUGUGAUAAAGAAUGGGCUACAGACAGAUGCUACUCUCAUAUUGAUGCCCAGGAAUGUACAGUCACAAAUGGAUCUCUUUAUUACAAACAUCGUUGUUACAACGAAACAGAAGUGCAUUUUUACAACAUCAGUGAGCUGGCUCACAAUAAAUCUAACCGUGCGCCCCCAGCUGAAGACUACUUUGAGCGUGGUAUACUUGGAAUGUCAGAAGGCAUUGAAGACAUUGGUUCUCUUCGGUGGCAAAUUGUGUUGUGUUUACUACUUACAUGGUUUCUUACAUUUCUGGCUCUCAGCAGAGGAGUGAAAAGUGUGGGGAAGGUUGUUUACUUUACUGCAUUGUUCCCCUAUGUUGUUCUGACUAUACUGUUUUUUCGUGGCGUCACCUUGGAUGGAGCUAAGGAUGGGAUUAUUUAUUACCUGACUCCAAAGUUUGACAAGCUAAUUGAGGCACAGACUUGGGUAGCCGCAGCUGUACAGAUAUUCUUUGCUCUCAGUCCAGCCUGGGGAGGCCUCAUUACACUGUCCAGUUACAACAAGUUUAACAACAACUGCUUUAAGGACUCUCUCAUUGUUGGAGUUGGCAAUAUCUGCACAAGUAUAUAUGCUGGAUUUGUUAUAUUCAGCAUUGUGGGAUAUUUAGCUAAAGAGUUGGAUAUGCCUGUUGAUAAAGUGGUUGCACAAGGUCCUGGACUUGCUUUUAUUGUGUUUCCUGAUGUGGUUACCCGUCUACCAAUUCCACCACUUUGGUCCUUUUUGUUUUUCUUCAUGUUGAUUACUCUGGGAAUGGGGAGUGAGUUUGCUUUGUUGGAAACAGUUAUGACUGCUGUCCAGGAUACCUACCCCCCUCUGAGACAGAAGAAGGUCUUUGUUGUGCUCGGUGUCAGCAUCCUUGGCUUUCUGGGAGGUCUUGUUGUAUGUACUGAGGGAGGAAUGUAUGUACUGCAGUUAAUGGACACAUACUCUGCCAGUUGGGCUGUUUUCAUCAUGGCUAUACUCGAGUGCUUUAUUCUUGCUUGGAUUUAUGGCGCUGACAGGUUCCUGGAAAAUAUAGAAUUAAUGAUUGGUCGUCGCAGCCGACCUUUUCAUUUAUUUUUCACCUUUUUCUGGAAAUUUCUGACUCCAGCAACACUUAUAUUCCUUCUUCUUUUCAACUGGGUUGAUUACAACCGUAUGGAAUAUGAUGGCAAGAUCUAUCCUAUGUGGGCUGAACUAAUUGGAUGGUUCAUGGCCUGCAUUCCUAUGAUCAUCAUUGUUGCUAUGGGAGCAUGGAGAUUUUACAGAUCACGCAAGGAAACUUCUUUCCGAGAGAAAUUAAGACGUAUGAUUCAUCCCACUCCAAAGUGGGGGCCUGCUGGAAAUAUUCCAAAAAAUGAUAUAAUUCCUGAACAUCCAAAAAUAGUUACAAAUCCAGGAUUUUCUACAUCUUCAGGCAAUGAAACACGGAUUUAAUUCACUUACCGUUGGUUUUUUUUUACAUGUAGGAGUGUGAAACAAUUACACUAGCAUAAAAGAAAUUCUUAAAACCUGGAAGUGACCACUAUGUGUAGUUUAGUGGAUUUUAAUUUUAGCAUUUGUUUUAAGUUUUAGAACCAAACAGUUGUUUUUAACCAAAGCAAAUGUUCGUGUGUUUAUUCAUCGAUUAUUUAAUCAGAGCAACUACGCUGUUUCUGUUUGGCUCUUUUAUUGGUAGGUUUUUUUUUUUCCUUUUAUUUGCCAUUGCCAAAGUCAGCAUUAGCUGGAAGAGUAAAAUAUUUUUUUUUUUUUAAGAUUCCUUUGUCAUUCAGAUAGCUCAGGGUUCUAUUUUCCUUAUUUACUUCUUUGAAUCUUUUUUUAUGUAUGUAUUUAAAAAAGGUCAAAAAUUGUUUAAAAUCUUGUAAGUAAAAUAUUAUCUCAAGAAUUUUUUUAGGCUAAAGUAAAAAUACAUUUUUAUUAUUAUACUUUAUUUAGCAGCUUCGAGCUAAAAGAAAUAAUUGUUGAAUUGAUAGUGUAUUAUACUGUUUUGAUCAGGUGUUUGAUCGCAACACCAUUUAAAGUUGAUGGUGUCCAAUACACUGUCUUCAAUUGAGUCAAAUUGACUUGUAGUUUAACAAUGCAAUGCAAUUUUGUGGUAUGUGAUUCUUUUUUUAAAUUUUUUUUUGGUAACGUUUAUCUUACAAAGCUUGGCUUCAGUUUUCAAAACCAAAAUUAUCAUUACAGUUUUUUUUUUAAAUAACAGUUAUGGUGAAGUUGUUGAUGCUUAAGGUAUUAUCUUUCUCUAGCAGUUUUGCAGCAUGUUGAAAGUAUAAAAUUUCCUGAGAUUUAUUUAUACUCUAGAGCUGAUUUUAAGCUGUCCAUGAUUAUAUUGCAUUGGCUGCUUUUAGAAUCUCAUUGGGAUUAGGUAAUUGUAUUUUCUUUAUCCUCUGCAUGUCAUGGUUACUAAAGAAUCUCACUCCAUCUGCUAGUAAUCAGGAAGUGUCGGACUAAAAUUAUCUAUUGAGUGAUAUUUGGAAAUGUAAUGUUCAUUUUACAUUGAUCAGUUUUUAAAAAAAAAUAUGCUGCUGCCUGUUACAUAACCAUCUAAAAUUUGUAUUUAUUUAGUUUUUAAUCUUAUCAGAUCUCUGGAUCUCAAGUGGAUUAGCAGUUUACAAAACGCCAAUAAUUAAUAUUAGAUUUAAAUUAUACCCACUGGAAUGUGUAUUUACUACCAGCUUUUGAUUACUCGUGUACUCGUUUAUUUUUAGUUUUAUUUCUUCAUUCUAAUUUGAGCUAGAGCACCAGAUGUGAUACAUAAAAUGUAUAUAGCAUUAUUUUAACCCUUUACAGUCCUUGUAGUAAAUGAUUUUCUUUGCAAUAUGCUAAGCAAAGGGGAAUAACUCCCUUUUAAAAUUGUUUUCUCAGAAAAAAUUAUUUAAAAAUUAAAACAUACAGUUCACAGAGGAAAAUGAAUGUAGAUUAUUGAGCAUCACUUUUAAUUACCAUGCAAUACAUAUUUUAAUUUAAAAAGCAGCAUCAAACUUAAUAGUGAAAAAUAAUGGCCUAGACAGAACAGGCAUUUGCUGUGCAUAGGACUGUAAAGGGUUAACAGUCAAAAUUAAUUAACAAGUGUGACCUCAUAGACUGCUUGGUCAUUCCAUUUUGUCUGGUUUUUGAGGUCACUGCUGCUUGUUUAUGUCAGGCAAGGACAUGUAUCCUCCUCCUUGUGCAGGUGAUGCAGCCUGAUUGUGUACACAUGUUGUCUGAGCUAUACACUAAUCCAGAGUCAGUCGUACCAUAUCCAAGUACCAGUCAUCUCACUUAUAGCUAUCUUGAAUAAGAAAGGCUAUUUAAUUUGUUUCAUAUCAUCCCUUAUACACAAAGCUUAUGCUUAUUUUUGUAUCCAUAUUUAAAACCCCUUUAUUUUACAGUUUAGCUUACGUUUUCUUAAAACAUCUGUCCCUGUUCUAUCCCAAUUACCAUUUGGGGUUUCUGAAUUUUAUUUUCUUCAUUUAGAUUUGAGUGUUCCUUGUUGUGAGACUUCUUUUAUUGUUGUGGUUUACUUUGGGUAUUUAGUAAUGAAUUGUGGUUUCUUAAAGGUUUCUUUUUCCCAAAAGAUUUAUCAUGUAUUCUUUAAAAACAUGCUGAGAUGCUGUUAACUAUACUGAUGUUUUUGUGUACAGAUAUAUUCUGUUGUUUAUUCCAAUAUACCAUGUUUUCUUUUCUCGUUCACUGGGGUUACCCAAACAUGACUAAUUUUUAUCAUCAAAGUUUCUAAGAAUAUGUUUUCUGUUUUAAUGAUUCAUACAUGUGAAGACUUUGUUGGUUUCUCCCAGAAAGAUAAUUAAAUGAUUACUGAAAUUUAAAACCAAGGGCAACAUAUGUAACCUCAGAUGGAUUAGUUCUAACUACACCUACUUGUUUUACUUCUUACAUCAUCAUGUAAAACAAAAAUUGUCUUUUCACCUUAAUUUUUUACACUGCUCAAAAUUAAAUAACAACGAUGAUACAUUUUUUUUUUUCUUCCACCUUUUUUUUUAAAUUACAAGAGAAAAAAAAUCCUUUAUUGGUCAGACAUGUCCCCUUGCUUUUAGUUAUUGUCUUCAAAAUGUCCGUUUGUUUUAUCCCACAUUCCUUCCUAUGGAGAGAUAACAAAACAUGAAGCUCUUCUGUCCAGUUUUGAAAACAAAAAUUCCUGUAAGCCAUAAUCACUCAACCUUUCUUCAUGCAGACAUUGUAAAAUUAUUUAAGAACACAAUAUCAGUUAUUGUUUUUGGAGGAAAAAAAAAUUUUAAACUCAGAAUCAACAUCUUUUCAGAAAAUGAUUUCAUUUAUCUUGAAAGAUACAGUAGCUUGAAUAUUGUUACUAGUUGUAACAUAGUCAUUACAGAGAUGCUAUGCAUCAUCUAGCUAUUGAAAUUUAUUUUAGUUGUUUUUGUGUAAAUAUCCCUGGGGGUAUUUUAUCACAGGUCUUGCAUUGCCUUUUUUUCUUUAAAUCUUUUUUUACAGUUCUUUUUCUUUUCUCAACAUUUUUUUUUCAUUGCUUACAAAGCUUAUGAUAUUGGCUAGUCUAAACCAUUCAAGAUCUUCCAUUGCAUUUUAAUGUUUAAUUGUAGGUUUAGAAUUUUACAAUAUAUAUGUUGGUUAGAGGUAGAAUUUUUUGUCACUAAAUGAUUCAUUGUUUUAUUAUGCCACUCCGCCAUUUUCAUCACUGAAGAUAUUUCUUUCACUAAUAGCUAUGUGCUCAUCAAAUUUUAGCUGAGGUUCUCUCCAUCAAAAUCUUCUUUGUUCUGCAGGUUUGUCUUCCAAUCUUUGUAUAGAUAACUACUGUAGCAUAGAGAGCUGGCGUAUUUAUUUGUGGUGCGGUGAUUGUCAUUAGUUUUGCUGUUUUUAAUUAUUUGAAACCAAAAAGCUGUGUUAACCCUGUAUGCCUGGGUUGAAUGAUAGCAGUGUAGGCAGUGAUGAAUGGAUUCUUUAAUCAUACAUUUUAACUUGAUUGGGUCAAUCAAUUUUCUCUUUUAAUAUAUUUUUUUUUUAAUAUUUUCUUUUUAGAAAGGAUGAAAUUUAAUUUGCUUAUAAUGGAAUAAAAGAAAAUUAUGCAGGAAAUGUAAUUUAACCAAUGCGUCAAGUUGAUUAUUAAAUGUAAACAAUUAUACUGAUAUGUAUAUUUGUAUAUAAAAAAAUGUAUAAUAAAUACAGGUACUCAAAAAUUAAAAUCACCUAUUCACUAAUGAUAUAAUAAAAUUUGAGGAAAUUUUGUAAUUUCACAUUUACUUAAGCAGAAGAUAAAAUGAAUGUUAAUAAAAGGUAAUGUCAGUAUUAGGAUGGCUUGUCUGUGGGAGACGACUGACUGAUGAAUACAUGACCAAACUGCUUGAAAUUUUUCUGCUGUGGAAAUACAAUUUGCCUUAUUGUUUGUGUACAUACCAAUGAUACUUUUUUUGAUGAUGUUACCGAUAAUCAAGACAACCAUUUUAAAGUUGGCAAUUUUAAAAUUAUUUUUUUUUAAUGAAACUUUGUCAAGCGACAAGGACUGCACUAACUCUGGUCUAAAAUUAUACAUGCCAUUGUUUUUUACCCCUACAAAAAGCUGUCUUCACUCCCUAAAAUACCAUUGUGUUCUAAGUAUUGAUUUGAACAUUUAGAGAAAAGAUUGGCAAAAUAGAUGCAUAUAUAAGCAAAUGCAAAUCAAUUUAAAUACAAAUACCUAUAGGUACCGAUGCACUCUUUUAAGAAGUUUAAUAACAAAGUAGUUUUUUUAUUUAUUAAAACAUUGAUCUUUUGUCUUACAGCACUAAGAUGUAAGGCUGUACAAUAUACUAACAACUAGAUUAUGCUUCAUUUUUAUGCAUUUGAUGCCAAGUCUCACCCUAACUAUUUUACCAAUUUAUCAACACUGUAUGUUUUUAUUUAUUGAAAACAUAGCAGAAUUCUUGAAAAUAUUUAAGUACCAUGUAAAUUUAAAAACUACUAUGCAAUUUAUUUUUUUAAUAUUUGGACCAGUUAAUUUUUACAAUAAUUGCUUCAUUGCAAUUGUUCAUAUCUUAAUUUCCUACCUGUAAAACAGAAAAGGGUUAAUGUCCUUGUCAGUAAUUUCAAUGUUUCAUUCUCUGCACCUUUCUGUUAUUGUUUUGACACAUACUGUACAAAAUUGAAUAUUGCAAGUAAAAAAAAGUUACAGCAUAAUUGAAAGAAUUUUAAAAAAUCUGUUUUUCCAACUCGGUGUUUAGAUUCUGUAUAUGAUUGUAUGCACAACGUUAGAUUAUGUUUACAUGAGAUUGUAGAUGUGCUUUCGUCUAUUGUGAGAUCUCAGUGGGUCUGAUGCGUACACAUUUCUGUUCAAAGAAAUAUUUUUGAUGAAUUGUAAAAAAUAAUAAUUUAGUUUUGAUGAAUUGAUAGGGAAGAUGAUGGAAAUGAAAGAAAUCAAUGUUUUGUGUGGAAAUGUGUGACAAUCCAAGUGAAAUUUUGUCAAUUUUAAAAGGAAUAAAAAUUUAUGAAACAAAGCAGUACAUUUCAUGUUUAAUGCAGCAAAUUCUUUGUCUUAUUUGAAAUUAACCUCACUGAUUUCUGAUGCUUUCUACCAUAGCAACAUCAGUAAAUUAUUUUUCUGUUCAAAUAAAUAGGCCUAUAUAAUAUCAAGAACCUAUGCAUCCUCUGCUAGAGUUCCUUGUAAGUAGGUGUUGAAUGAUUGAUCAGAAUAAUUUCACAACCCUUGAGUGCCUGACUUACCAUUCUUAUACCCCAACAGACUAAUAAACAUUGAUGGACUCAGGUUUUGUAUUUCUAGUCAUAGCGAGAUUUUUUUUUUU